AUGGCCGCUGAGGAGUAUGGCAAGGCAACUCUCCCAGACGGGUUCAUCGGCGAAAGACAAGCACCAGCUCCAGGCCAUUCUCCAACAAUGGGGCACGGCAGUGCAGACGCUACUGGUGGGUGCAUAAGUGCCGCUCAAGAGCAGUCUGCUGAUGGCGUUCGAGCUCCUUCUGGAUUUCACCGCCUGCGGUCGCCAGUUCCCCGCGAGCUCAGAGCAGACGAGAUGGAACGCCCUUGGUCGCCAUAUCUGCCCGUUCACACAGUAGAGCUCGUUCUGCAUCACUUGAUGGGACGAGCGGAGGGACGCAGUCUACGAUGCUAUGAGCUACUGUUGGAGCGCUUUGGCGAGGGCGAAGCCGUUGGUUCGGGUCUGAAGCUGAAUCCUCCACCUCCAGUCGGAUCGAUGCCAUUUCAGAACAAGAUCUGGCAAGAAGCUUUGGCUCUGGCAAGGCCAGGAGAGACCUCACCUGCCUCUUGGACUUUCCUCAAGAGUCAAGGUUGGAACGGCGCAAAGAGGCUAGCCGAGAAGCUCAUCGUCGAUUCCCGACGUGCCAGAUCGGCUCAGUUGGAGGACAAGUCCUCUCAUUUUGAGACUGCCGUCCUCAACACGCUGCUCAGGGGCUUUCUAGACAUCUUUGCCCUCUCCACAGGCCCUAGCGUGCCCGUCUUCCUUGCGACUGCACAGCUAGAGGGAUUUCUUCGGGAAAUGGACGACCUGCAGGGACCCUCUGUAGCAGGGCUGGACAUGUUGCGCGAGCUCUUGUGCUCCCUGGGCGGUGUCCGCUGCAAGUCGCCGUUCGAUAAACAUCGAAAGGAAGCUUCCAAGUGCGCAGAGCCAUCAAUCCUUGGCCCCUCGUCUGCUGCUGCACUCCCAUACCAUGCCCGCACAAUCUCCGACGCCGAGAUCAGCCUGUCAGCCUCGUGCAUCUUCUACGCAUCGCCCUCUAGCCGGCCAUGUCAAACGCUACGGAUCGCCUCGAUGGCAGCCUACGCUUCACCAGCCAAUCAAUACGGUCAGGUACCGAACCCCGCAUCACAGCAGCAGCAGCAGCAGUCUGGCCCUUAUCAAACCAGCGCCAAUGGCCACAACGCCUAUGCCUCAACACCUAGCAGCACAUACCAUCAAGGUUACAGCCAACCUUCCGCUGGCCAGCCUUCCAAUGGUCAGCUCCACGGCCCCUACACUAUCCACCAGUCGCCUGGAAAGUACAGCCGAGUGGACAGUCAGGAGAGCUUGAGUCUCCCCUACACCCAGCCCAAUGCCCCACCCCACGCCAAGUUUGCCUCCUACGCUUCCUCCUCCUCUUCACACCAAUCGGGUCCAGGAUACUACGGCGAACGUCCGCCCAGCACUACCAAGCAGUUGAGCGAGAGUGCGCACACUCCCGCCCUAGCCGCAAGGGAGAAGUACAUUAUCCGUCGCGAAGCUGCUUUGCAGGCGGGAAUGCACUCCGAGUCUUACUCGCGCUUUUCUGAAAAAGUUUCCCCACCCGUAGUGUCAAAGAAGAGUGCGAGAAAGUGCUGGAUUAUCAUCGCUAGCGCCUUUCUCGUAGCCAUCAUCUUUGGAAUCUGCGUAGGCGUGGGUGUUUACUUUGCCCAAAAGCACGUCACCGCCGACAAUCUCGCCGUCAAGGCAGGCAGCUCCUAA